AGCAAUUUCUUCCGGCUGCAUUUUGUACUUUGUCCGGUGCUUGUCCUGGCCCGGGGUCUCAAUGCAAGAGAACCUUCAAGUUGCAAACUCUGCCCUUCUCCCAGAAUGAGUGUUGCCCUGGUUGUGAGAGUGGCGCUCCUUGCACCAAGGAUGCAGCGUAGAUGAGAAGUUGCCGGCACUGUACCUCCGCAGCAACAAAGGGAGGAGUCGUUGCUGCCAAGCUUCCCUUCAAAGUGGACCUCCAAGCAAAUAAGCUGUACGGUUGGUGUGCUUGUGGGCACAGUCAGAAACAGCCGUUCUGUGACGGCAGCCACAAGUCUGUCCCCCAGGCUCCGAACCCCGUGCGGUUCCGACUGGAGAAUGCGGAGACCGUCUUCCUCUGCGGCUGCAAGCAGACCAAGAGGCCGCCUUACUGCGACGGCACUCACAAGGAGGACUGGAUCCAGCGCGCUCUUCUCCACGCCACACCUUCCUUGGAAUAGAAAGUUCACGGACACUACUCAGCGUCACGGUUCACCUGAAGUGUUGGGUUUUGAGUUUCAGGACGGUUUUCAGUUACUCUGGGGUUUCCUGUUGUUAAAUCUAACAGCAGGCUUUGUUCAGGGAUUCUUCCCUGUGGAAUUUGGUGUUUGCAGAGAGGUGGGCAAGGGAUGCACAUUUUUAAGUCGAUGGGUUUCAAUUGAUUCUCAAUUAACCUUGGAAAGAAUUCACCACCACUGCAGCUUUUCAACAUCCUAAUUCAACGCAUGUUAUUUGUAUAAAGUUGUAAAAUAUUGCAAAUGUGUAUAUCGACCUGGGAAA